UCACGGCGCUGGUAGAUGUUCGAGACCUUGUGCUCCUCCACCUUCCGUUUGAGGAUGCCCCACAGAGGCUCAAUAGGGUUUAGGUCUGGAGACAUGCGUGGCCAGUCCAUCACCUUCAUCCUCAGCUUCUUUAGUGGGAGUGAGUGGGCGGGACAGUGUGACAUUCCCCCUGAGGAGUUUCCAUGGAGUGAGGAGGUGUGUGAGGAAUUGUGGGAACGUGUGGAGGGGGUGCGGCACAAACUGACUCGAAUCCUGAACCCAGCUAAACUUACACCAUAUCUGCGUCAGUGUAAAGUCAUCGAUGAGCAGGAUGAGGAUGAAGUGCUGAACUCCACACAACUUCCCCUACGCAUCAGCAAGGCUGGUCGUUUAUUGGAUAUCCUGAGGGGGCGUGGUCAGCGUGGACUGCAGGCAUUCAUGGAAUCUCUAGAGUUUUACCAUCCUGAACAGUACACACAACUGACAGGCCAGCAGGCCAUGCAGCGCUGCUCCAUGAUGCUCGAUGAGGAAGGUCAUGAAGGUCUGACCCAGUUCCUGCUGUUAGAGGUGCGAAAGUUGCGAGAUCAGUUGCGUAACAGUCGCAUGUGCGAGCGGCAACUCUCGCAACGCUGCCGUGUAGCUGAGGACGAACGCAGCCGAGCAGAAAGGAAAAACCAGGAACUCAGACAGGAGCACAGCCAGCUAGAGAGGUUGAGGCAGGACUGUGAGGCAGGAGCGAGGGAGUUGGGUCGGCUGAAGGAAAGACUUUUGGAACAGGCAGUAAAAUAUUCACGAGCUCUAGAAGAACAACGUAACGUGUCCACCCGAGAGAGAGAAUUACUGUCACAGAUAGAGCAACUGAAAAACAGACUAAAGGAGGCAGAGAAAAGUGCUCAUGGAGACUCUGCCCACUCAGGGUCUGUCACAGUGCGGAGUGGAGUGUGUGUGAGUGUGUGUGGUGCCCCUGCUGGUCAGAAGGUGGUACUGCAACACACAGAUUCGCUGAGACAGCGCAUCACUGGUACACAGGCACUGCUGGAUAUUCUUCAUCAGGACCAGAGGGAAGCAGCAGAACAGAGGAAGGAGCUCUGCAGUACCAUUAUCAGACUUCAGGGGGAGUUGGAGAGUGCUGAGACGGUUAGAGAAAAGUUGGAGACUCAGUAUGAGCAGUUACAGUUGAAGUUGCGGACUCUGCAGUUGGACUGGGAGGAGGAGCAGAAGAAGAGUUUGUCUUACUUCAACCAAAUCAUGGACCUGGAGAGAGAGCGAGACCAGGCUCUGCGCAGUCGGGACAGUCUGCAGCUGGAGUUCACAGACUGUCUGCUGGAUAAGAACCGUCUGCGUAAAUGCAUCACCGAGCUGCAGGGCCGAGUGGAACAGCUGCACAGAGAGCUGGAGAGAGAGAAGGACAAGAACCAUGAGCAGGAACACACACACUCACAGCACUGCAGUCACGGGUCUCACCUGUCUCUGCUCAGUGAGGAGUGUUUUGGGCCGUGCUGUUCACUCAGUCUGACCUCCCAUGACAGCUCACUGCUACUAAAUAAGUCUCCCUCUAAUGGUCAGAACGGUGAGCACUCAGAGGACUCCCACUACAACUCUGAGGAGAACCUGCACAGUGCAUUACACAGUGCUAAGGAGAUAAACCGACUCUCCACCUUCCCGUUCCCUCCUCACAUAAACUCCAUCAACCGACGAGUCAACACUGAGUUUGAUUUGGAUUCAUGGGGCAGUGAUGAAACAGAGAACAUUACAGGUUCGGAAGUGCCUGACACUGAAUCAUCACUGUGGGAUCCAUGCAGCUCUCUACAGUCCUACUUCUUACCUCCUGAUCCAGUCAACCUGCUGCCAAAUACACACACACAUCACACACUGGAGUCAGUCCCCACACCUUCCCCUCCCCCCACUAACACAAGUCUGGCUGAUGACAUCACUGUUGUCGGGGGCAACCGCACUGGUAUAUUUGUGCAGACGGUGAGAGCGGGGUCAGCAGCGGAGAGGUGUGGCCUCAGAGAGGGCAGUGAGUUAAUAGAGUUGGAGGAGGUGUUGUUUUCAGGAGGUCGUGUUGAUCUGAGUCAGUGUACAGCGGAAGUGGCUCACUGUACUCUACAGUGGUGGUCUGAACCAACAUCCCUUAAACACAGACUUAAUGCAGAGGGUUACUCCCGUUUGAAUAGUGAACUCUGCUCUCCUUCUUUCAUCGGUGCUGACUCGUUCUACGUCCGUGUAAACCUCGACCUCUUCUUACACGGAGAGCAGCCCUCUCUGCGUAUCGCCUGUAACGACAUCCUGCAUGUAACAGACACCAGAUACAACGGCAAAUACCAGUGGCGCUGCACACGUGUGGACACACAGUCUGCUAAAUCACUGCAGAAUGGAGCUGUACCUAACUACAACAGGGCUCAACAGUUACUGCUGGUGAAGUUACACACCAUCACACUACAACAGCAAGACAAGAAGAAAAAAUUCCGUAAGAAGGUUUUUGAGCAUGUGCGGUUGGUGAAGUCCAUAUCGUCAAAAUGUCAAGAGACUAGCUCCUCCUCUUCAGUCCUCUACACACUCAGUAACCGUCAUGAGGAACACCUGAUACCCUACAGUUUGGUUCAGCCCGUGCAGGUGGAGUGUAAAAGGCCCGUCAUUUUCUCUCCUUCUGUUCUCUCUCACGGCCUCAUUGAAAGAUUAUUGCAGCCCGCCGACUCAGGACUGCACUUUAACACCUGUCCUCCAGAGCCGAUACCUGCGAGUGAGCGUAACGAUAAGAGUGUGUUUCUCUUGGAUCACACACAUACCUUGGAUCACACACUCGGCAUCAGACUGCACAGCAUCCAGGAGGUCAUAAAGCAGGAUAAACACUGUUUGCUGCAGCUGAGUGUGAGCAGUGUAGAAGCGUUGCUGAAGCAGGGCGUGUAUCCCAUCAUCAUCCACAUCAAACCCAAAGACAAGAAGGGCAGGAAGUUCCGUAAGCUGCUGUCGUGUUUAGGGGAGAGUGAUGUGAUGGAGGUUGUGCGGGUGGAGGAGUUGCAGUUGGAGUCUCUGCCACUGAUGUUCAGCACACUGCAGCCCAGCGACUGGAGCUGCACCGAGGACCUGAUCCACACUGUCCGCCACACCAUCCACAGCCAGCAGGGGGCGGUCGUCUGGCUCGAAAUGGAUAGGAUGCAGUAGUAGUAGUAGUAGUAAUAAUAAUAAUAUUGAUUAGAGAAGGAGAACCUGUAAGAAACAAGGCUUUAGAGUACUGCAAUUACAAACAAUUAAAAUAAUUUACUGUGAACAAACUGUGAGCAACCUACACGUAACUAUAUAUUAAAUAUAUAAAUAUAAAACUUAACUGAGCUGUAAAGAGUGAAUAAAUCCUGCUAUGAUUAUUAGAAAUCGUUUGGAGUGUUUAAUACGAGAUUUCCACUGGGGUAAGUUCCCUUGCCCUCCAUCUCCAGGGCUCUUCUGUUACUGCUAUAAGAUGAUGGAUGAAGAUCUGACCCUAACCCACACACGUCGUCACCAUCAGAGCAGCACCGAGUCACCUUCAGAGUAAAUGUAGAAACUUUCACUGAGAUUAAGGGUUAAAUGACCUCGGAUCAGUCCUGCUGAGUGUGACUGGUCAGACAGCUCCCUUCCCUAACUCACAACCCGAGCAUAGGGAAUAAAUUAUUUCCAUCUGACACACAUGUUUAUAACUGAUUUUACAUCAGGAAUCUGAUGCUGAUUUAAAGAGGGUCGUACUUACCAAAGAAACGGGACAUGUGAAAGAGCUGAUGAUCAGAUUCUGAUCUCUAAUUGGACAGAUAAAGAAAAUCCCUCAACAUGCUGUGCUAUCAAAUUUUUAUACACAUUUAUUACAAUAAAGUUUUAUAAGAAAUUGUUAUGAGAACAGCUGAUAGAAACAUCAUUUAUAAUAAAAAAAUGUUAGAAAAAAUGAAAUAAUAGAUGAGUUUUUUGAGUGUGAACAGGAGACAAAAGCUGAUGUGUUGAGUGUGUGUGUGUGUGUGUGUGUGUGUGUGUGUGUGUGUGUGUGUGUGUGUGUGGACUCCUCACUCUGUAAAUGACUGCAUUAAUAAACAUUUCAGUAUAUUUAUAUAUAUAAUUGAUAUGUAAAUGUACGAAUGCUGGUGUUUUUUACACUCCUUUACUAUCUGUGUGUUUUAAUGAAAUCAUUAUCCUGCUUUUUAUUCAUCACAAAUUAUAAUAAAAGGUAACAACACA